GGUUUCUCGGUAUCAGUAGUAACUACACGGAAUAUGAAGUCGGUAAGGAGAAUAAUCUACUGAUCUCAUAUUAUACACCACAUUAAUAUACUAUGUUUUGUUGUGAUUCGUUCAGACGUAUUUAUACUUUGACUCUGAUUAGCCAACUGUGGUUUCUCGGUAUCAGUAGUAACUACACGGAAUAUGAAGUCGGAAUGUCAAGCGUCAACACCACUGAGGUUCCUGAUAUUCCAUGGUUCACGGACGGAGGACCUUGUUACUCCUUAAAAACAGCUUUGGACAUUUUUUCUAGAGAUCUUUACAACUCGGACCACGGUGUGAGAGUUCUCCUGGAUAACUUUUAUGCGAAUGUAGCUCAAAUGAAAAGAUCACCGCCUCUCACGCCUUACAGGAAACCCUUCAUUGUCAUAGAGGGCAUGCAAAGGCGAAUACGGUACAUCAUCACCCGGAAGGUCGCCAGGUACCUGAAGGGUAUGGAAGUGUACAAUCCACCCCCUGGCUACUUGGAGCUUAGGUCGUGGUUCAACAACAGUUCCUCCCUCCGCCGCGCCUACUUCGCGCUCUGUGUCUACAUCGCAGCCAACAACGUGAAGAUGACGCUUCCGUUCAGGGCUGCAGUCAUGUCAGGGUAUUGGCUGGAUCAAGCGACCUUUGCUCUGGCCAAGAAGUACAAGCCUCAACUGCCACCUGAUGACUCACCCGAGUGGAAGUGGCCGUCCGAUCUUCUUAAACCGGAUUUAAUAUUCUACCUCAACAACCGCGAUGACAUACUGCCGAUGACGUACCCUUACUACACCACUAAGAAGCCCGAUCCUAUCAAAGACACAAUUUUGGAGAUCUUCAAGAAGUGGCGCGAUCCAAAACCAAUCUUCAUAAAGAACAGUACAAGGUACAGAGACAUAGUAGCCGAGAUGAUUCCAUACAUAAAUCAAAUGUUGUAUAGUUGGAGAGCAUAAAUCUGAUCAUAAACGGGUUUUUUAUUUAAAAUACUA